AUGAACUCCGAAGAUAGCAAUUCAAAAGCCACCAUCUUAUUGAUGGGUCUAAGAAGAGGUGGUAAAUCUUCUAUUUGCAAAGUUGUUUUCCACAAUAUGCAACCUUUGGACACUCUUUAUCUGGAAUCAACUUCAAAUCCGACGACGGAGCAUUUUUCAACACUUAUUGACCUCGCAGUGAUGGAGCUUCCGGGUCAGCUGAAUUAUUUCGAGCCAAACUAUGACUCUGAACGUCUAUUUAAGAGCGUAGGGGCCCUGGUGUAUGUUAUAGAUUCCCAGGACGAGUACAUGAAUGCCUUGACAAAUUUUGCCAUAAUUGUGGAGUACGCGUACAGGGUGAACCCGGAUAUCAAUAUCGAGGUACUCAUACACAAGGUUGAUGGACUGAGCGAGGACUUCAAGGUAGAAACGCAGCGUGAUAUUAUGCAGCGUACCGGAGAGGAACUACUGGAGUUGGGGCUUGAUGGUGUACAGGUGAGCUUUUAUCUCACGUCAAUCUUUGACCAUUCCAUCUACGAGGCGUUUUCCCGCAUAGUCCAGAAACUGAUUCCAGAAUUGCCGUUUUUAGAGAAUAUGCUGGAUAAUUUGGUUCAACAUUCAAAGAUUGAAAAAUGUUUCUUGUUUGACAUCAACUCAAAAAUUUAUGUUUCAACGGACUCUUCUCCCGUGGAUAUCGUGAUGUAUGAAACUUGCGCCGAGUUUGUUGAUGUCACCAUUGACCUUCACGAUCUCUAUAAGGUUCAAAAUAUUUCCGAUAGCGUCACAAGGCCGCAAAGAGAAAUCAAGAGCUCCUCUGCAUUGAAUAACGGAAUUGUGAUUUAUCUGCGCCAGAUGAUACGCGGUUUAGCACUGGUUGCAUUGAUUAGGCCUGAUGAUACAGACGUUGAAAGCUGCCUCACCGUUGUAGACUACAACGUAGAUAUUUUCAAAAAAGGCUUGGAGCAAGUUUGGGCACACACUAGAAUUAAGCCUCUGGAGGCCAAAGGAAGCAAGUAG